CAACACGGAAAAUGCAAACAUGGCGGCUUGAAAGAGUGAUAAAACAAAAGGUUGACUGAAAAGAAUACGGUUUGGGCCUUUGAUCUACCAGUGUGUCGUAGUGAAACGAUGAUAAAUUAAAAGAAACUUUUCUCUGAACAGCGUGAUAUUUGAAAUUAGCAGCAGAAAGAAGUUAGAAAAACUAUAGGAAGCAAUAUGAUGUCAAGAGAUUUUCGACAGGCUGGGCCAGCAAUGAAUCCUUAUCAAGGAAUGGCAGGUUUGCAUAUAAAGUUUUCAUGUAACCCAAUACUUAAGGAAGAUUGAUUGUUUUCAUGUGUUUAUUUGAGAUUUUUCUGUAUUUCUAGCCAAGUUCAGACAAUCUUACCAACCUGCACCCAAUUCAAUGGUAAAGUUAUUAUUAAAAAGGGUAUUACAAAUAGGGGCCACGUCCGUAUUCAAAACGUCAAAUUGAUGUCUUUAUAUAAACCCACCCAACCUGGAAAUGUCAAGCAAGCCAUGUACCUAAUGGAAAGAUUUUUUUAAAAAUAUUCAUUUGUGCCACUGUGAAACUGAAAUUAGUGAAAACAUCACAGAAAAAUAGUUUUGACCCACCUAUCCACCAACCCAAAACUCAAUUUGAUGUUUUUGUAUGACAACUUGAGUAUGGAUGUGGCUCAAUUUUGUUCCCAAGGUCAGAUGCUAGUGCUGUCCAAACUCUGGUGUUUCAGCUCCCGCUUAAUUACAGUUCAAAUCUCUGGCUGUGUCCAAUUCAAUUUCAAUUUAUUUUCCAAAUAUGUUACCCUGGUUCCAAGGGUUCUUGUGCCACCGUAUUAUAAAUUACGUAAUUUGUACAAAGGAACAGCGAACCUCGGCAUGCCACAUUGGCAUGCGAUGCAAAUCCCACUUCCUUUGGUACAAAAUUUGUACCAGGCAGAUGACUGGUUAGUUAUAAUUAGCAGUCACAUGAAGUGAUGUGAUUGGCUAAACAAAAAUACCUGUUUAUAAAUCUCAGAGAACAUGAGAUAUGAACUCACUGCUUAAAAAGAUUUUCUGUGUUGGAGAAGAGCUGCCAUCGCGGCAUGACUUCAGUUGACAUGUUUACAUGGGCAUGACAUGUUCACUCUAUUAAUUUGUAAAAUAUAAAGUGUUGCUUAAUUAGUUAGUACUAUGUGACAAGCAAGUAUGAUCGGUCAAGGUUGUAACUUGGAAGUUCUCUGAAGAUUUAAUGACUUAUUGCAAUUUGGCCAUUUGCAAUAGCCGGAAAUGGUUUUACACAACAGAUAUGACUUCAGAUUUUUUGUACUUUCAACAGAUUCAAUGUUGCCAUUAUUUAUAACCAAUGAUAGUUCUUCGAAAUUGUCGCAAUUCCUGUCAUACUGACUUUCCAGCCAGAGCUGGAACUAUGGCUCUGGCUGACCAAAAACCCAAUAUUGCAGCUAGCACAUAGGUGGCACCAUUUCAGUGAUGUUAAUCACAGCUCUCUCAAAUUAUCAAAAGCAUCAUAAACCAAUGAGGUGCAUUGUUUUGUUUCGAUCAUACAUCAGGGUUGGUAAGUUUCUGAAUAAAUUAGCCAAAUAUUAUUAUCAUAACCUUUGUUUCCUUUGUUCAAAACAAAGACAUCAAAGGGCCGUUUAUAACAAUGUUUGGCUUAUUUAUUUAGCAACCUACCAACCCUGUCAUACAUCACAACAUCAAUGAAGCAGCAUUAAAUGUAGAUAGAUUCUAUGUUUACAAAAGUUGAUCAUUAGCUAUAAUUAAACAUUUUUUUUAAAGGGCCAGUGGGGAGGCACGGCAAGCAUGAACCAAAAUAUGUUUGGACUAACUCAACAACGAUUCCUCUCACAAAGACCUUUCCUAGUGAGUAUGGUAUUGGGAAUUUUAGUUUAGUUAGCCACUUUAGCAAUGAGAUUGGAAAAAAUGAUAUUUUAAUUCAAAUCCACUUAAAUAAUUUUGUUCAGAAAUUAUGUUCUCAUCACAGGUAUGUGUGCAACAUUUUCCAAAUAAUUCAAAUAAUAAGUUAUACAAGGGUAGAGAGAGAGAUGGUGCAGUUUACAGUAUAUAAAUUGCGUUAAAUCAGCAGCAGCGUUACCUUUCAUCCCCUGUGUUUUUUUACUCUGAACAUUAUGGAGCAUAUGGUAGUGCAAAAUGCGUACUAAAUUUGUAACUAUAAUUAUUAUUAUUUUCUAAAUCUCAUUCUGUGUUAUAGAGUAAACCUAAAAAAACCCUGAAAAAUUAUUUUUUGUUAUAUUUUCAAAAAUGCAAAUUAUCUUUGAGUACCAUGCUGCAUUAAGCCACAAUGUGACCCCAGUAUGCCCCACUACUCUACUUUGUUACAUAUUUUACUGUUAUUUUGUCUCAUACCAGACGAUCAAGGUUUUGCACCUUAAGAGGUUAAAAAACUCCCAGUAUAUUGUUAACUCAUUGUGCCAGAAUGAAUGUGCCGUACUUUGUGUUUACUCUGUUUGUUGCAUACAAUUUUGUUCAUGAAGAAGAGGGAGUUAAAUGGGUUAAUAAUCAGGAACGGACUGUUCCAGCAUACUGUAGGUAGUGACAAUAACACCAGAAACCUGUGGAUUGAGAGGGACUACAGUAGUACCUGUAUGUACAAGUUAGCUAAUACUGCCUCUAUGGACACUGUCCUCCUUUACUAUACAGUAUUCAUUAUAUUUAGCCAAUUGACUGCAUCAGCCUUGAGUUAAUAAGUUGAUGAACAUUUUAACUGUUUUUUUAGCCUACUGACUUUCAAAAUACACCAGCACCCAAAGCACCUGACAAGCCUCUGAUGCCUUACAUGAGAUUCAGUAGAAAGGUAGGUUGUUACACUUAAAUUUCAAAAUGAAAAUGCAAUUAUUUUACCACAUAGGGAGGAUGGAUGCAGUUAGGACAAUGCCUCUUACUACUGAGUUAUAUGCUUGAGUAGGUUGAGUGCUUGGUUUGUAACUUCUCUCUAUGUACUUAAAAACACAUAUUCUGUACUGUCAGUAAAGAUUGAUUGGUUCUCAGCUGUAUCAUGAGAACCAGGAUCAGGUCUUUAAAACCAGCACUUGUGGUGGCGUGGUCACCACGCAAGCUUGCCUUUCAAGCUGGGAGAACCGGGUUCAAUACUUGGUUGGACCUCUACUCAAGGUGUUAGAAUAAUUGAGGAGAAAGUGCUGCCUUUACAUUGAGAUCAGUAAAUGGUUAGAUUUUCGCGUCCUCUCGGAUAAAGACGUAAAAUCGUAGGUACCUCAGAUCCCCGAUCAAUUGAGCAAUAGCUUGUUGGGAACUCCAAUGAGUGAGAAACUCAAUAAACUAAGGGGAAUUGGGCAACCACAACCAAUGUAAUCAACAUUAAGUAAUGAUGAAAUCAUGCACAGGUUUGGGAACAGGUCAAGAACCAGAACCCUGAAGGCAAGUUGUGGGACAUUGGUAAAAUUAUUGGUCAAAUGUGGCGGGACCUUCCAGAUGAGGAACGGCAGGUGUGUAUACGUUAGUACAGUAUGUACAAUUUUACAAUCAAUUACACAUGUGAUCUUUUUUCUUGCCUUUUUUGUAAAGUAAAUCCCCACUGUUAAAAAACCACCUUGUUUAUACAGGUAUGUCUAAGACCUUGCAAAAUACCAACUAGUGACCUGUAG